AUGUCACCAAACUCGACCUUCGUCGGCCUGCCCGUUAUCCCACCAGAAGACCCCUCUCUCAAUGCGGUCUCACCGAAGCCACGAGGCAUUCAGCAAGUCCUCCUCGCGCGAGAGCAGUCAGAGGGAGCUGGUGCGACCGUGAGACGCUCGAUUGGCACUCCAAAGCUCAGGAACUUCACACCGUUCCUUAUGCUUGACCACUUCAAUGUUGCUGUUGGUGCUGGCUUCCCGGAUCAUCCGCAUAGAGGGCAAGAGACGAUAACGUAUCUGCUCGACGGUGCAGUCGACCACGAAGAUUUCGCCGGAAACAAGGGCACAAUCGAGACCGGCGACCUCCAAUUCAUGACAGCCGGCCGAGGCAUCGUGCACGCAGAGAUGCCGCACGACAAUGGCGACGGAACUUCAAAUGUCGGCAUGCAGCUCUGGGUCGACUUGCCCAAAGACCUGAAGAACUGCGAACCACGAUACCGCGAUCUCAAAGCCAAAGAGAUCCCAGUCGCCGAGGUUGACGACGGCAAGGUCACAGUCAAAGUCAUCUCCGGCCGCAGCCACGGCGUCGACAGCGUACAAGAGCUCGCAUACACACCCGUGUGGUUACUAGACGUCACGAUCCGACCUGGCGGCAAGAUCGUACAGCCAUUACCAGCAGGCUGGAACGCCUUCGCGUACACGCUCGAAGGGACGACAAUCUUCGACACCGGGGCGACAACGCAGGAAGUGAAGCAAUACCAUAACACCGUGUUCGAGCAGAAGGGCGACCAAGUCAUCGCGCAGGUUGCACCAGAUGCCAAGGAGACAGCGAGGUUCAUUCUCGUCGCGGGUUUGCCGCUCGAUCAGCCGAUCGUUCAGUACGGCCCGUUCGUGCUGAACGACGCCAGCGAGGUGCGGAAGGCGAUGAUGGAUUACUCGACGUAUGCCAACGGCUUCGAGAGGGCGGAGAACUGGGAGUCGCAGAUUGGGAAGGUGAUGGGGUAG